AUGCCUCGCAGUCGUUUUCUAUCGUACGCCUCCAACGUCAACGGGCACAACUAUCACAAUAACAACAACGACGACAUCUCAAACGUCAACGCGAGGCCCACCGACACAAUGAAUCACACCAACACUAUGACGCUGCCGAUGCUGUCCAAGCCGGCCAGCACACGCAACAACAUCACGGCUUUCCUGGGAGAGUUUGUUGGAACCUUCUUGUUUCUGUUCUUUUCCUUUGCCGGUACCCAGAUUGCCGUCAAUUCAGGUCCUGCCCAGCUCGAGUCCGGUACCGAUAUUGCCGUUCCCAACACCCAGAACCUCAUGUUUAUCGCCUUGGUGUUCGGUCUGAGUCUGAUGGCGAACGUGUGGGCUUUCUACCGUGUCACAGGCGGGCUCUUCAACCCCAGCGUCACGCUCGCUCUGUUUCUGGUUGGUGGUUUGUCAGCAAUCCGCAGCGUCAUCGUCGUGGUUGCCCAGCUGCUCGCCGGUAUGGCUGCCGCUGGUGUUGUCUCGGCUUUGUUCCCCGGGCCCAUGGAUGUCGAGACGACGCUUGGAGGGGGUGCCAACGUUGCCCAGGGCCUCUUUAUUGAAAUGUUUCUCACGGCCGAGCUGGUGUUUGUCGUCAUCAUGGUGGCGGCCGAGAAGCACAAGAGCACCUAUCUGGCACCAGUCGCUAUUGGAAUGGCCUUCUUCCUUGCCGAGCUGGUUGGCGUAUACUUCACCGGCGGCUCUCUCAACUUUGCCCGCUCCCUCGGACCAGCGGUGGUCAACCGGAGCUUCCCAGGUUAUUUCUGGAUCUACUUCCUGGGCCCCAUCCUGGGCUCGCUGCUGGCCUCAGGAUUCUAUGCGCUGCUCAAGUACCUCCGGUGGAAGGAGUGCAACCCCGGCCAGGAUGUCGAUGACGAGGAGAAGCUCAAGUUUGACACGGCCAGGGUACAGGAGAAGGAACGCUAUGGAAGCGUUGCCGACGGACAUGCUACACCCCGCGAGACAGUGACGCCGCCUAACGGAGCUGCGUCACCUGGCGGGACGACUGUGGCUGAUUCCCCCACGGCACCGCGCGCAUGA